UUAAUAUUUAUAUUUUAGUCCUUAUGUUUAUCAUUAUUUAUAUGUUAUUCUUGGAUCCUUCACCAGCUCCACCGCUUUUUACCAAUGGAGUCUUGGGCCGCAAGAGAAGCGGCCAUGGAUGGAGUGAGGGAGAGCUUGUGAGCUUCGUCUCUUCGUGCAUGACGAUCGCCACCCGCUUGAUUCUUUGCCGGAGGUCUCGACCUUCCCGGCCACACGACGACGACGUUGAAUCUGGCCCCACUUCUUCUCUUUCCCGCCGGCGCCACCAUCAUCGUGACGAGCUUGAAGUUUCUCCCCGUUCUGCUCAUCAUGGCCGUUUCCCCUCUCGCCGUUCUUCUCAUUCGGGACAAGAAUCCUCUCCGUUCGAUCACAAUUGUUCUGGUGAAUUUGGGACAGGCACCACCAGCAGUGAUCCUCGAAAUGCUACUAGUCAGGGUCAGUAGACUGAGAUCAAUCCGAGUGAGAGAUUACCCGGCG